AUGGAUCGCCUUUCUUCCAGUACCAUUAUCCCUGAAGCGUUCCAAGGCGCCAAAGAUGACCUCACCAUGCAACUUGCAUUGGUUUGGAAUCAAAUCAAAGCGCCAUUGAUUGUCCCCUUGCUGAGACUAGCAGUGUUUCUGUGCUUGAUCAUGUCAGUGAUGAUGUUCAUUGAGAGGGUCUACAUGGGCGUUGUCAUCACUCUGGUGAAGAUGUUUGGGAGAAAGCCCGAGAAACGUUACAAAUGGGAGCCAAUGAAGGACGACAUAGAGUUGGGAAACUCUUCUUACCCAAUGGUCCUCGUUCAAGUCCCCAUGUACAACGAAAGAGAGGUUUACCAGCUCUCAAUUGGAGCUGCGUGUGGACUUUCUUGGCCUUCAGAUAGGAUCAUCGUACAAGUCCUUGAUGACUCCACUGACCCAACAAUCAAGGAGUUGGUACAGCUUGAAUGUCAGAGAUGGGCAAGCAAAGGGGUGAACAUAAAGUAUGAGGUGAGAGACAACAGGAAUGGGUACAAAGCAGGGGCUCUCAAAGAAGGCAUGAAGCGUAGCUACGUGAAACAAUGUGAUUGUGUUGCAAUCUUUGACGCUGAUUUUCAACCAGAGCCUGAUUUCUUGUGGCGCACCGUUCCAUUCUUAUUGCACAAUCCCGAACUAGCCCUCAUUCAAGCGCGGUGGAAAUUUGUGAAUGCCGAUGAAUGUUUGAUGACCAGAAUGCAAGAGAUGUCACUGGAUUACCAUUUUACUGUGGAACAAGAAGUGGGGUCUUCCACUUAUGCGUUCUUUGGUUUCAACGGGACUGCGGGAGUAUGGAGAAUUUCGGCUUUGAAUGAGGCUGGUGGAUGGAAGGAUAGGACCACAGUGGAAGAUAUGGACUUGGCUGUGCGAGCCAGUCUCAAAGGAUGGAAAUUCUUAUACUUGUCUGAUUUGAAGGUUAAAAAUGAAUUGCCAAGCACUUUCAAGGCCUACCGUUACCAACAGCACCGUUGGUCUUGUGGUCCAGCCAAUCUUUUUAGGAAAAUGGUCGUGGAGAUCAUAAACAACAAGAAAGUGUCAUUGUGGAAGAAAAUACAUGUGAUAUACAGCUUCUUCUUUGUUCGGAAGGUCGUAGCACACAUCAACACCUUUGUGUUCUACUGCAUUGUAUUGCCUGCAACAGUUUUGGUGCCUGAGGUUGUGGUCCCAAAGUGGGGAGCUGUCUAUAUCCCUUCUGUCAUCACUAUUCUAAAUGCAGUUGGAACUCCAAGGUCACUCCAUUUGCUGGUCUUCUGGAUUCUUUUUGAGAAUGUCAUGUCUCUGCACCGAACAAAGGCAACGAUUAUUGGUCUACUAGAGGCUAGUCGAGUGAACGAAUGGGUUGUCACUGAAAAACUUGGUGAUGCUUUCAAGGCUAAAGCUGGAGGUAAAGCUCCUAAAAAGCCUCGAUUCAAGAUUGGAGACAGGAUUCACUUGUUAGAACUUGGGGUCGCAUUCUACCUCUUCUUUUGUGGCUGCUAUGACGUUAUUUUCGGGAAAAACCACUUCUUCAUCUUCCUCUUUAUCCAAUCUCUUGCCUUCUUCAUCAUGGCUUUUGGAUAUGUUGGCACCAUUGUUCCCAACUCUUAG